AUGGAUGAGUUGAGAGCAUUCAAGGAGAGCCUGAUGAAGUCUUUCGAAAUGACUGAUUUGGGUCUCAUGCAAUACUUCCUAGGUUUGGAAGUCAGGCAAGAGCUUAAUUCUAUCACUGUAUGCCAGACGAAGUAUGCUGAGGACCUUCUGAAGAGAUUUGGAAUGCAUAAUUCCAGAAGUUAUCCUACUCCUUUGAAUGUUAGGGAGAAGUUUCAAUUUGGUGAUAGUUCAGGCAAAGCUGAUGAAGAAAAAUAUCAUUGUAUGAUCGGAGGAUUGUUGUACCACACAAGACCCAAUCUCAUGUUUGCAGUAAGCCUGGCAUCAAGAUAUUUGCAUCACCCCUCCAAACAUCACAUGGGAGCUGUAGAGCGUGUGCUACACUAUGUGUCAGGCUCAGUUAACUUUGGAAUCAAAUAUAAGCAUGUUGAGAACUUCAAGCUUGAAGGGUAUGUAGAUUGUGACUCGACAGGUUGUGUUGACGACCGAUGA